CUAGGACCAGCGCGGUCACACCUGUUGGCCACCGAUUAGUGGGGGCGGACCGGCCUCUAGCUGGUGUAAAAGAGCUAGCGAGCCGCGAGCGGGGGAGUGACUGUGUCUGGGUGUGUGGAGUGAGCUGCACCGGUCGGGCAGGGCAGCGCCACGCUGGGCCUCCUGGAACCCCACAGCUCCACUCUCCUUCCAGCUCCCCGAGCCGUGGAUGCGCUGCGCAGACCAUGGCGGAACUGCUGCGGAACUUUAGUGAUUCCCAAUUGGUGGCGCGCUUCCAGCGCCGCUGCGGGCUCUACCCGGCGCCCCUGGAGGUGCCCCAGGAGCCCACGGCGGGCUCUGGGCACGGGGAGCUGCAGCCGGUCUCGCGGCAUCCCCGGGCGGUCAACGGCAAGGGCGGCCGGAGCGACGCCUUUCCGCAGCCUUAUACCCAGAAGGACACACAGAAGUACAUUGUGAAGAAUUAUUUCUACUAUUAUCUAUUCAAGUUUUCAGCUGCUUUGGGUGAAGAAAUUUUUUACAUCACCUUCCUUCCAUUCACCCACUGGAAUAUUGACCCUUAUGUGUCCAGAAGGUUGAUAAUUAUAUGGGUUGUGAUUAUGUAUAUAGGCCAGGUCUCCAAAGAUAUUCUGAAGUGGCCCCGGCCCUCCUCUCCUUCUGUCGUGAAACUAGAAAAAAGGUUAGCUCAUGAAUUUGGGAUGCCAUCUACUCAUGCCAUGGCAGCAACAGCUAUCUCUUUCACAUUCCUCAUCUCUACGAUGAACCGAUACAAGUACCCCUUUGCACUGGGACUAAUGCUGGCCAUCUUAUUUUCUACCAUGGUAUCCCUUAGCCGGCUUUAUACUGGCAUGCACACAGUACUGGAUGUGAUUGGUGGCAUUCUGAUUAGUGGAUUGUUCAUCGCUGUCACUUACCCAGCAUGGGACUUCAUCGAUCACCUCGAGUCCGCCAGUCUGCUUUUCCCUAUAUGUAUUCUUGUGGUGCCUUUCUUCUUAUGUUACAACUACCCAGUAUCGGAUAACUAUACUCCUACGAGAGCAGAUACUACCACAAUUCUAGCGGCUGGAGCUGGAGGGACCAUUGGAUUCUGGGUCAGUCCUUUCUUCAAAUUGGUAUCUGAGCCCACAGAGUCUGCCAUACAAAGCAUCCCACCACUCACAACUAAAAUGUUAGGCUUGGGACUAACCAAAUUUAUGGUUGGAAUUGUGAUGGUUUUCUUGGUUCGUCAAUUGAUGCAAAAUCUUUCACUCCAAGUGCUCUAUUCUUGGUUCAAGGUGGUCACCAGGAAUAAGGAGGCCAGACGAAGACUGGAAAUUGAAGUACCGUACAAAUUUGUAACAUAUUCUUCAGUUGGCAUCUGUGCUACGGUAUUUGUGCCAAUGCUCCACCAGUUUUUGGGAUUACUUUGAGCAAUGUACACUUGAAAGAAUGCCCAUAGAGACAAUGCCACCCUAGAAAGGCCAUGCAAUGGAGAAGACCCAUCACAGUCACCAUCCUUGCCACCAUCACCAUCCUGCCAGCCUCUUCUUUCUUCUAUGUCCACCACUCCCAAGAAAACAAAAGCAAAAAAAAAAAAAGAUAUUUGUAUGUCUUGUGCCUUUCUUUUCUGGCUAAUAAUCAAAAUAAACGAUGAUACAGCAUAAGAAAAAGAAAUAAUUCCAGUCAGAAUUUCUAGCUCAUAAGUUCCAUUACAGAUUCAUUCCAAAGUUAAACCUAGACUAUAAUCUUAGCUUUUUAGAAUCCUUUGUUAUUCUUCAGAAAAAAUUAUCUUAUGACCUAGAGUGGUAUAAUACACCAUCUUGUGUAGUUAGGAAAGAUUACACAAGCCUUGAUUAGCUCCUGGAAAAGUCUAGAGGAUAUUCCUUUAGUCCUCAUGUCUUCCAGAAAGACUGACCUGGAUUCUCCAACUAGAAUGGGAACUUCAGCUAGAGUGAAAUGGUGGUGUCCCUUCCAAAGGCACUCUGUAGACAAAGUGGCAUUAGUUGUCAUUCCAAAGAAAUUAUAAUAGCCUUAUAUGACAUUUCUUAAAGCUCACCACAAGAUCACCACGAUUAAACCUGGCUCUGAAGAAAUUAAGUUUGUGGCAGGGUGUGAAGUGAUUGGCAAGAUACAUAUCUAGACAGUAAAAGCACAGAGAUAGGAAGGCUUCUUUUUUAAUGAUUCCAUACAUCGUAACUUUGUUUAAUCCAUAGGAAUUCAUUUUGAAGUAGAGCUUGGGCAUCCAUCUUUACAUAUUUCUUUCAAAGAAUUCCAGAGAACAAUCCUGCAGUUGACUGAUGAAUGUGAUUAACUAGUUGCUCUCUCCCAAUUAGUAAAAUGUAGGUUUAAUAUAUCUAUGCAUGGAGCAGAAGCCCGACUACCACUGGACAGAACCUCAAGUCCUGGUGAGGCUGGGGUAAACGACUGGGAUGAAUAUCCUUCUUUCUUCACCUUGUUCCCAUAUCUCAGGACUAUUUUCAGGACAACAUGUGAAAGACUUUAGACUAUUUUGCAGAAAAGCAACACAUGAACUUUAAAAGUGUUAUUAGUAUCACUAAAUCAACACACAAACAAUCCUUUUCCCCUGCUAGAAGUUCCUUAGCUCUUGAAAAGGAGAUAAGAUUGGAUCAACUAAAAAAAGUUUCUCUCUUAAAAAAAAAAAGGGUGCAUGGAUGGGGGGGGAGUGUACAGCAAAUGGAGUUGGAGUAUCUGUAUUUAAAUCCUGCCUUGGACUCUAAUGCUACCCCUCUGAGACUGUUUCAUCAUCUCUAAAAUAAGGAAGUUUGUCUAGAUGGGCUCUGAGAUCUCUACCAGUUCUGGAUCUAUGAACACCUAUGUACAUAUUUCAUAUAUAAUAUGCACUUUAUGUAUGUGAUAUAGUUGGGUUUUGGUUUUUUUUUUACCAGGAAAUGCCUGCUUUGCAGGGGCCAUAGUGCCUCUCCCUACUUCUCUACCCACAAGCUUUCAUCCAGCCUAACACACGGUAAUACACACAUUUCUCACUGGAAGUUAGCCCCACUCUCCUGUUUAAACAUUUAGACAGUCUUGACUACACAUGUAUAACCUAUGUCAAAUUGAUUGACUUCUCAGUGGGGGGCGGGAGUGGAGGGGAGUAAAGAACUCAGAACUCAAAAUUGGGAAAAAAAAGAAUGUUAAAAUUGUUUUUACGUGUAAUUGGGAAAAAUAAAAUAUUAAAUUUAAAAAAAAAUUAGGCAGUCCUGCUGCACAGGGUCUUAGGUAUCCUAUUGAUCGGUGGCAUAGCGCAGACUUUACUCCCAAGCCUGGCUUCUACAAAACCUGAGUGAAGCCUUUAGUGUUUACAGAAACACACGCAAAUUUUUUUCUUUAAAAAAUAAUACUUUGGGAUAUAGCCUAUGUUUAAGUUCUAGCCUUAUUUAAACUCAUUAUAAAGCACUUACUCUGAGGGGGCAGCUAGGUGGUGCAGUGGAUAGAGCACCAGCCCUGAGGUCAG